AACUUCAAGCUCAUGUCGGAGCGCAUCAAAUCCAACCAGAUCCACAAGCUACUGCGGGAGGAGAAGGAUGAGCUGGCUGACCAGGUCCUCACCCUCAAAACACAGGUAGAUGCCCAGCUACUGGUGGUGCAAAAGCUGGAGGAGAAGGAACGCGUGCUCCAGAGCAGCCUGGCCAUGGUGGAGAAGGAGUUGACGCUGAGAAGCCAGGCACUGGAACUCAACAAAAGGAAGGCAGUGGAAGCUGCCCAGCUCGCUGAGGAUUUGAAGGUGCAGCUCGAACACACCCAGGCUAAACUGAAGGAGAUUCAAUCAGCCAUGUCUGACAACUGCUUCGCCAAAGAAAAGGAAUCCUUCAACCUCAAACGCGCACAAGAGGAUCUGUCGAGGCUCCGACGGAAACUGGAGAAACAGAAGAAAGUUGAGGUCUUCUCUGAUGCCGAUGAGAUCCUGAUGGAGGAGAUUAAGGAGUACAAGGCCAAGCUGACAUGCCCGUGCUGUAACACCCGGAAGAAGGAUGCUGUGCUGACCAAGUGUUUCCACGUUUUCUGCUUCGAGUGUGUGAAAACCCGCUACGACACGCGGCAGCGAAAAUGCCCCAAGUGUAACGCUGCCUUCGGAGCCAAUGACUUCCACCGCAUCUACAUCAGCUGAGGAGGAGGAGGUGGACAACGGGAACUGCGGGAGGGGGAGGGAGCUGGAGGACGGUUUCUGGUGAGACGCUGUACCUUGUGCGCCAGUGAGAGUUCACAUUCCACAUCCCUGCCCCCUCCCCAUGCCCCCACGCGCUCACCCUAUCACACUCUGUCCCUCCUCCUCUCCAUCACCCCCUCACUCUCUCUUCCCCUCUCCUCACCCCCUCACUCUCUCUUCCCCUCU